UCGGUAAAAGGCCGUGGCCACACCGAGACCCCAAGAAGACGACCACCAUCUUCAUCUUCAUCAUCAUCAUCGUCAAGUUUACUGGAUCCAAGAUGGGCAGGAUCGUCUUCUACGAGGACAAGAACUUCCAGGGCCGGCGCUAUGAGUGCGACAGCGACUGCUCCGACUUCCACUCGUACCUGAGCCGCUGCAACUCCAUCCGGGUGGAGAGCGGGGCCUGGGUGGUGUACGAGAGGCCCAACUUCAUGGGCUACCAGUAUGUCCUGACCAGGGGAGAGUACCCGGACUACCAGCGCUGGAUGGGCCUCAAUGACCGCAUCAGCUCCUGCAAGAUCAUCCACUUUACCAGCGGGACCUCGUACAAGAUGCAGCUCUAUGAGAAGUCGGACUUUGGUGGUCAGGCGUUCGAGGCCACAGACGACUGUCCCUCUCUUCUGGAGAAGUUCCGCUGGAGGGAGGUCAACUCCUGCAAGGUGUUCGACGGCUGCUGGGUCUUCUACGAGAACCCCAACUACCGUGGACGCCAGUACUUCCUGGAGAAGGGGGAGUACCGCAAGCCUGGCGACUGGGGUGCAGUCAGCGCCACGGUCCAGUCCUUCAAGCGCUUCUCUGAGUGACCCAAACCCCCAAAAAACCAAAAGCACUAAUCUGAGGUCUCACAAAUAAAAACCUGUCCAGAAAA